UCGUCCCCUCUUCGCGAACCGCGCUUCUUCGGACAUGGGCGCCAGUCGCGACCUGGCAGAAGAAGAUGCCCUGCUUACCAACCGCCCGACGGACCAUCCCGAGAAACAGGGCGUGAGGCCAUGGAGGCUUUGGAGAGAAGUCGGCCUCUUUGCCUGGGCCGUCGUGGCCACAGGCGCCGUCAUCGCCCUCGCGGUGCUCCUCCAACGAGCGAGCAUCGACCCCAGGACGCGCAAGGCUACGGGCAAGAGGAACCUCAUAUUCAUGGUCUCGGACGGCAUGGGCCCCACGUCGCUGUCCCUCACACGAUCCUUUAUGCAGUUCCAGAACGGCGCUCCCUUUGGUGAGCAGCUCGUUAUCGACCAACACCUUAUCGGCCAGUCGCGCACUCGAUCCGCCUCCUCGCUCAUCACCGACUCAGCGGCCGGUGCCACUGCCUUUUCUUGCGCGCGAAAGAGCUACAACGGUGCCAUCUCUGUCACACCAGACCAUGAGCCAUGCGGAACGGUGCUGGAAGCCGCCAAGCGGGCGGGUUACAUGACGGGCCUGGUAGUCACCACACGCAUCACCGAUGCCACCCCGGCGUGCUUCGCUGCACAUGUGAACAUGCGAUCCGAGGAAGACCGCAUCGCCGAACAAAUGGUUGGCGACUAUCCGCUGGGACGUGUCGUGGACCUGAUGUUGGGCGGUGGCCGAUGCCACUUCCUCCCAAACUCGACCGGUGAUGCGAGCUGCCGCGCCGACGACAAGGACAUUGUCGCAAUGGCCAAGACUUAUGGCUUCAACUACGUCUCUGACCGUGCUGGGUUCGACGGCUUGAAGGGAGGAGCUGCCCUCCAAAUGCCCAUGCUGGGACUCUUUGCCGACACGGACAUUCCCUAUGAAAUCGACCGCCGCAACCAGAACGACGUCUACCCCAGCCUGCACGAGAUGGCCGAGGCAGCUAUGAAGGCACUUAGUGAUGCGACGAGGGACAGCGACAAGGGCUUUUUCCUUAUGAUUGAGGGCUCCAGAAUCGACCACGCCGGUCACCACAAUGACCCCGCUGCCCAAGUCCACGAGGUUCUCGCAUACGACAAGGCUUUCAACAGUGUGCUUGACUUUAUCAAGAACGAGAAGACGCAGACCGUUAUGGUAUCUACCUCUGACCACGAGACUGGAGGUCUGGCCGUUGCUCGACAACUUCACUCUACAUACCCCGAGUACGUCUGGUACCCCGGUCCCCUCGCAAACGCCUCCCACUCGGCCGAAAACCUUGCGUCUGCCUACAAAAAGUACCUUGCCGCGAACCCUCCUGCAGACCAAACCGCCGACUUCGUCCGAAAAUCUCUCGCCGAAGGCCUGGGCGUUCACGACUACACUCAAGACGAAGUCAACAAUCUCAUCAAGGACCCCGCAACCGCCCUCUACCAAUACGCAGACAUGAUAUCCCGGCGCGCGCAAACAGGAUGGUCAACGCACGGCCACAGCGGCGCAGACGUAAAUAUUUACACGUCCGACCCCGAUGCCACCACGGCCCUGCAUGGAAACCAUGAGAACACCGAGGUUGGAGACUUUUUGCGCGAUUACCUUGGCGUGGAUGUCGAGGCUAUCACCAAGGAGUUGAGGCAAAAGGGCGCGGGUCUAAAAGUGCAGGAUGCGAAUGGGACCAUGGUGGGCUGGAUGGGUAAGGUACCCGAAGACGGUCAGCGGUUAGACGGUCAGACGCAUUUGGCAAGCUAUGGCGGUGAUCAUAAAAAGAGGGAUGUGGGCGUGGUGCAUGGUGAGUCUUGUGGAUGUGGACAUUAAGAUGCUUCGUUUUCCCCCUGUCUAUUCCAGUGGAGAAAUCUGCCAAAUAUCUUCCCUUGUUAGUGCAAUCAUGCUUGAGCGUUUGGUGUGUGGCAUUAAUUUUGGCGUUUAUCUUGGUAUCGUAGUCGGUUUUCUUUCUUUUCUUUCUUUUUUUCCCCAAGAUAUCUGGUAAUAGGGCUUCAUAUAUACUUACAUGCGUCUGGGUGGGGAUACAGGUGCUUCGAAUAUACCAAAACGAGUUUGAAAUUCCAAAUAUAAAUGGGACAUAACAUGUUGGAAUGUCCAUCUGCC